ACACUCUCUCUCAAGAAUAAAACACAAGUCAAAUUUCACAAAAAAAAUAAAAUAAAAAGUAAACAACUUGUGUUUCAAAACAAGAAUAUAUUCUUUUUCCUUUCAUCUUGCUCCACUGUUGUUUGUCAAUAAAAAAAAGAUGGAAUCAUCAUCAUCUGGGCCAUCACCGGCGAUGAAUAAAGUAGCCGUUAGAUCAUCAGUAAUAGAAUCAAUAAAAGGGUGGUCAUCAUUAUCCGGCAUACAGAUCUCUAAAGAAGAGUUAAGACAAAAAAUAACUAUCCCAGAAUACUUACGUUUCGCCAUUAGAGAUUCUGUUUCUUCUAAAGAUAUUGAUGCUGGAAAACCUCAUUUUGACAAAUCUUUGUCUGUCACUGAUGUUCCUGAAUCCCCAGUUGUUGUUUUUAUUAAUUCCAAAAGUGGUGGAAGAUUUGGGCCUCAUCUUAAAGCUAGAUUGCAAGAUUUAAUGGGCCAAGAACAGGUGAUUGACCUUUUAACGGUGAAGCCUCAUGAGUUUAUUGAAUACGGGUUGGGUUGCCUUGAGAAGUUUGCUAGUCUUGGUGAUGUAUGUGCCAAGGAAACCCGCGAAAGAUUGAGGAUUGUGGUUGCAGGAGGUGAUGGAACCGUAGGAUGGGUUCUUGGAUGCCUAGGAGAGCUCCAUAAAGCGGGUCGGGACCCUGUCCCACCGACUGCCGUUGUACCUCUUGGUACAGGAAAUGACUUGUCCAGAAGUUUUGGUUGGGGUGGUUCGUUUCCUUUUAGUUGGAAAUCUGCUAUAAAAAAGACUAUUGAUAAGGCUAUUCAUGCUCCAACUAGUCGCCUGGACAGUUGGGAUCUUGUAAUAUCAAUGCCUGCGGGGCCAGAGAUGGAGACUCCUUAUUCCUUGAAACAAACUGAAGAAGUUGUUCUUGAUCAGGAUUUAAAAAUGGAAGGAUGGCCUGAAAAAGUCUCGUGCUACCGAGGAGUCUUCUAUAAUUAUUUCAGCAUAGGAAUGGAUGCGCAAGUGGCUUAUGGUUUUCAUCACCUAAGGAAUGAGAAACCUUACCUUGCACAAGGUCCUAUCUCAAACAAGAUAAUUUACUCGAGUUAUAGCUGCAAACAAGGGUGGUUUUUUACGCCUUGUAUAUCUGAUCCAGGUUUGAGGGGACUAAAUAACAUCCUGAAGCUGCAUGUUAAAAAGCUCAACAGCACCAAGUGGGAGCCAGUUACUAUCCCAUCGAGUGUUAGGUCGAUAGUGGCUUUAAAUCUUCGUAGCUAUGCAAGUGGAAGGAAUCCAUGGGGUAAAUUGAAGCCAGAGUAUUUAGAAAAGAAAGGGUUUGUUGAGGCUAAAGCAGAUGAUGGGCUCUUAGAAGUUUUUGGGUUCAAACAUGGAUGGCAUGCAUCAUUUGUAAUGGCUGAUCUUAUUUCAGCCAAACACCUUGCACAGGCUACAGAAAUUCGGUAUGAAUUGAGGGGUGGAGCAUGGAAAGAAGCUUUUAUGCAGAUGGAUGGAGAACCAUGGAAACAACCCAUGAACAAUGAGUCCUCGACAUUUGUGCAUAUUAAAAGGGUGCCUUUUCAGUCCAUCAUGGUCAACGGAGGGUAAAUUAUGUAAAGCAUUUGACAAAUCAUCGAUGUUAAAUAGCUGUUUAAAUGUGUUUGGUUCAAGUUGUAUGAUCUUGUAAAGAACAUGAGUGUGAGAGAUCGAGAGUUGUAGAUUCUUAUUGGGACUAACCAGUGAUGCAACGAUUGGUUUGGCUGGUAAUUAUUGUAAAUUUUAGUUGUUUCAUUAGCAAUUGCUUGUAAAUUAUGGUUUGAAGCUUUUCUAA